UCAAGGAAGGUUGGCGAGGUCGGAGGAUACACCAAGCUUCCAGGUCAGAGAAAGAGGACCAGACUGCACGGAUGGAGAAAUGAGUGUCUGAAGGACUCCAUCAUACCUCGUAAAUGGAUAUUGUUGUGUGGUAGUAGAUGAAUAUGAAGAUGGAGCCAACGAGCAGAUAUGACUCGGUGGCGGCCUUAUGCCUGACGUCAUGCGCACCCCAGGCACCGCGCCAUUCCCGAUGCAGCCAUGGCGCUAGCUUGAUCCGAACUCCUCUCAUCAGCCAAUCAUCGGUCUGCAUUUGCAAGGAUGAAUUCAUCGUCUCCAUCACUUUCCCAACUCUCUGUCUCCCCGUUCCAAACUGCGUCCCCAGUUACACCUGGGCCCCCUGUUCGGUACUGCUCUACUUCUGCAGGGUUAUGAUCUAGUUUAAUCUUUUAUCGGUUGUCGGUUCCCUCCAGGGAGAAUGGGUCUUGGGCCCGCCACAGCACCUGGAUGAACUUUUCUGGUUGAGAAUGGAGUAGUUAACAGCUGUGAAGAUGAGACAUCCUCAUCCUCUCUUUCACAGU